UUAGUAGCCUGGUUGUUUACAUGUAUCGUUUUAGGUUAUAAACAUAAUUGCUAACUUCACUUUGAUUUUAAAUAAUUAAAAAAGCACAAUAGGGAAAUAUUUGAGCAAAUGUUUUGUGCCGAUUACUUGUUUGAAAUACUUGAAUAAUUCUGUGCGUAUUAAAUAUCGAAAAUGCCGACUUGGAAUCAGAUUCAGUCUCAACUUCGGAACCCCAACAAUCCCGUUGUUUUUUUCGAUAUAACCGUGGGGACUACAGAAAUAGGCCGUAUGAUUUUCGAACUGUUUGCCGAUGUCGUACCCAAAACUAGUGAAAACUUCAGAGAAUUUUGUACCGGCGAAUAUAGAAGAGACGGGGUACCCCUUGGUUAUAAGGGAGCGACAUUUCAUAGGGUAAUUAAGGAUUUUAUGAUCCAAGGAGGUGAUUUUGUGAAUGGGGAUGGUACAGGUGUUAUGAGUAUUUAUGGUGGCAGCACAUUUGCUGAUGAAAAUUUUGCAUUGAAACAUGAUUCCCCAGGCCUGCUGUCUAUGGCUAAUAGUGGAAAAGACACAAAUGGGUGCCAAUUUUUUAUUACUUGUGCUAAGUGCAACUUUCUAGAUAAUAAGCAUGUUGUAUUUGGAAGAGUUAUUGACGGACUACUAGUUAUGAGAAAAAUAGAAAAUGUGCCAACAGGACCUAAUAACAAACCAAAAAUACCUGUAACUAUAUCACAAUGUGGACAAAUGUAAAUUAAACACCAUUUAAAAUAC